CCGGGUUGCCGGUGGAGGAGGUGGGCGUCUCUGCAACAUGGACGCCAACGCCUUGGAGCAGGACGGCGUCAAGUUCGCCCAGAUGGCGGUGAGGAACGACCAGAACGGCCGCUUCACCGAGGCCGUCUUCUACUACAAGGAAGCUGCUCAAGCAUUGAUAUGUGCUACUGUAGCUGGAUCAAAAUUGGAUGCUAUACAGGAGAAAAUAAGUGAAUAUCUGGACCGAGUACAGGCUCUUUACUCUGCAGUUCAAACACAGAACAGCAAAGGAGUCCCACUGAAGACAAAGCAGCAGAUGGAUCUGGAACGUGCUAACUUCCUGGUCACGCAAGCGUUUGAAGAAGACGAGAAGGACAAUGCUGAUGAGGCUGUAGAACUGUACACUGAAGCUGUUGAAUUAUGUUUACAAACAGCAAAUGAAACUUCUGAUCAAACACUGCAGGCUAAUUUAAAACAGUUAGCACGACAAACACUUGACAGAGCUGAAGCACUGAAGGAUUCAAUGUCCAAAAUAUCUCAAGAGAAGAAGCAUGUUACUGGGAGACCAAAUCAGCCGGUUCGAACCUUCCAUCCUCUGGGAUCGGAUUUUUCUCUGAAUGAUAAACCGCAUUUGGCCAGAGUUCAAGGCAAUGAUUUGUCAAGCCAGGGCCAAUUUUAUUCUGGAGAAGAAAUUGAGGUUUUACGCAAAACUUCCAAGAUUAAUGGAAUAGAAUAUGUACCUUUCAUGAAUGUGGAUCUCAAGGAACGGGUUGCGUUUCCAAUACCAUUCUCGGACCGUGCUGGCAAAUUGGUAUUGUCACCAAAACAGGAAGCAUUGUUUUCAAGGUGGGUCCGGCCAGAUGACCUCAGCAACAACCCUACAAUGAUCUACACUGUGUCUAGUUUAAGUAUAAAGCAGACUGUGGUAUCGGACUGUUCGUUCGUGGCCUCGCUUGCUAUUGGUGCUGCAUAUGAAAGACGUUACAAUAAAAAAUUAAUCACAAGCAUUAUUUAUCCUCAGAAUAGAAAAGGAGAACCAGAGUAUAAUCCUUGUGGGAAAUACAUGGUAAAACUUCACAUCAAUGGUGUUCCCAGAAAGGUAAUCAUUGAUGACUAUUUGCCAGUGGAUCAUAAUGGUGAGCUGCUUUGUUCCUAUUCCAACAACAGAAAUGAACUUUGGGUCUCGUUGAUAGAAAAAGCUUACAUGAAAGUUAUGGGAGGAUAUGACUUUCCCGGUUCCAACUCUAACAUUGAUCUUCACGCCUUGACUGGCUGGAUACCAGAGAGAAUAGCGAUGCACUCAGACAAUCAGAAGUUUGAUGACGAUGUCACUUUCAAAAUGCUUUAUCAAAGGUUUCACAAGGGAGAUGUUCUAAUUACCACAGCUACUGGUAUAAUGAGUGAGGAAGAAGGAGAACAUUGGGGGCUCGUACCUACACAUGCAUAUGCUGUUCUUGACAUCCGGGACUACAAGGGUCUUAAGUUACUUCAGCUUAAAAAUCCAUGGAGCCAUUUGCCAUGGAAAGGACGGUACAGUGAUAAAGACGAGAAGAGCUGGACUCUAGCUCUUCAGAAGUACUUGAAUUUCAAUCCCAAAACAGCACAGAAAAUUGAUAAUGGAGUUUUCUGGAUUAGCUGGGAAGACCUAUGUAAGCAUUAUGAUGUGAUUUAUUUGAGCUGGAAUCCUGGUCUAUUCAAAGAGUCGACUUACAUUCACAGUACCUGGGAUGCAAAGCAAGGCCCUGUGAAAGAUGCAUACAGCCUGGCUAACAACCCUCAGUACAAGCUGGGUGUACAGUGCCCACAAGGUGGCGCUGUUGUCUGGGUUCUAUUGACCAGACACAUUACUGACAAGGAUGAUUUUGCCCGCAAUCGAGAAUUUAUUACAUUGGUAGUUUACCAGACUGGAGGAAAGAAGGUUUACUACCCAAAUGAUCCGCCUCCAUACAUCGAUGGGAUUCGAAUAAACAGCCCUCAUUACCUGACCAAGAUUAAGCUGAAUACUCCGGGGACAAACACGUUUACUUUAGUGGUGUCUCAGUACGAGAAACAGAACACCAUCCAUUACACACUAAGGGUAUAUUCCAUGUGCAAGUUUGCGUUUUCUAAGAUCCUAUUCCCCUACACACACUAUAAGCGGGUUAAUGGUCAGUGGAAAGGUCAGUCUGCAGGAGGAUGUGGAAACUACAGGGACAGCUACAAAAUGAAUCCAAUUUACCAGAUCACGGCAGAAAAAACUGGGCCUUUGCUGAUUGAACUACGGGGUCCCAGGCAGUACAGUGUUGGUUUUGAAAUGGUGAUCGUUUCAACAACAGGAGACAAUGAGUUCCAAAAAAAGAUCAGUGGAGAUUAUAGAUGUGGGUUUUGCUAUUCAGAAAUCGAGCGUGUUCCUGGCGGAGUUUACAACAUCAUCCCGACCACCUUCCUCCCCGGUCAGGAAGGUCCUUUCUUCUUGGACUUUCACAGUACUGUCCCACUCAAGGUUACUCACUUACAGUGAGUCCAGAGCCCCUUUGAUUACUCUCAAGGAAUUGUCGAAUUGGGUACAUGCCUUAGAUUUGUUUCUUAAAGGGGACUCGUUUUCUAGAAGCAACAAUUGGAAUUUAUUAAUUUUGCAGAAACUUUCAGAGACACUGCACAAUAUUUCACUUCUUAAAGUCAAGCAAAAUUAGUGUGGUGGCAAGAAGGUUAACACUUCUGGUUGGAUUUCUUCUAUGCAGUUUAAAUGAAGGAGAUGUGUAAAUGUAUUAUAUAUAUCUUUAAAACAAAAAUCAUUUGAUGUACAUAUUUCUGCUGUGAAGUAUAACUGGGAUUCUACUGCUGUUUAAUUUAUGGCUGGUAUUGCAUUUGAUUAGCUGGGGAUAGGAUGGUUUUAUUCUACAAAAUAUUCGGUUUCAAAUUGGGCUGGUUCUUCACUGGUGACAUGAAUAAAUUGCUUGAGAGCCUUUAAACUAUGUGAAAAACAGCCAUCAAUGUUUACUAAAAAUUACUUUGCAUCCAAGGGAACUGUGCAAUGUAUUACAAACCAAAGAUCAGUUUAUAUUUGUAAUAUGUCAAUUCUUGGCAUUUUAAAAAGGGUGAAUAUUGACUGGUCGGGCAAUUGUUUAUUUGUAUUUCUAUUAUAGAUUUAUAUAUUUUUAUCCACUUAGUUCUGUUGCCAGCUGAAUAAGUACUGAAAAGUUAAGUAUGUUUCCAGAUGUUGGAUUGAGAAAGCAGAAUGUUAAGAUUAUUUUUUCUUUCAAGGCAGGAAACUUACAAAUCUGCACAACAGCUUGGAUUAUGUAGAAUAAAAUCAAUAUUUUAUCAUGAA